CCCAUUCCCCGGCCCAGACCGGCCCGGCCCGCAGCCACCGAGCCGAACUGCCCCCCAACCCCGCCGCCUCCUCCGCCCCUUCGGUUCGGCGUCCUCCGCCGCCGCCGCGCCGCCGGGCUUGAUGACCCUCUGCUCCAAGCUCCUCGCGCUGCUCCGCAAGUCCCGCACGCUCACCACCGCCGCCGCCGCGACGGCCUCCGCGACGGCCAACGGGAUGGAGGAGGCGGCGGCGGGCCCGCUGCGCACGCGCGUCUGCAUCAUCGGCAGCGGCCCCGCCGCGCACACGGCGGCCGUCUACGCCGCGCGCGCCGAGCUGAAGCCCGUGCUCUUCGAGGGCUGGCUCGCCAACGACAUCGCCGCGGGGGGCCAGCUCACCACCACCACCGACGUCGAGAACUUCCCGGGGUUCCCCGAGGGCAUCCUCGGCGCCGAGCUCAUGGACCGCUGCCGCGCGCAGUCGGCCAGGUUCGGGACCAAGAUCCUCACCGAGACCGUCACCUCCGUCGACUUCUCCGCCCGCCCCUUCCGCGUCGCCUCCGACGACACCGUCGUGCACGCCGACGCCGUCGUCGUCGCCACCGGCGCCGUCGCGCGCAGGCUGCACUUCGCCGGCUCCGACGCCUUCUGGAACAGGGGCAUCUCCGCCUGCGCCGUCUGCGACGGGGCCGCGCCCAUCUUCCGGAACAAGCCCAUCGCCGUCGUCGGAGGCGGGGACUCCGCCAUGGAGGAGGCCAACUUCCUCACCAAGUACGGCUCGAGGGUCUACAUCAUCCACCGCCGCAACGCCUUCCGCGCGUCCAAGAUCAUGCAGGCCCGCGCGCUCUCCAACCCCAAGAUCCAGGUCGUCUGGGACUCCGAGGUCGUCGAGGCCUACAGCGGCGCAGAAGGCGGGCCGUUGGCAGGCGUCAAGGUCAAGAACGUCGUCAGCGGCCAGGUCUCCGACCUACAGGUUGCCGGGCUCUUCUUCGCCAUCGGGCACGAGCCGGCGACCAAAUUUCUUGGAGGGCAGCUCGAGCUGGAUUCCGAUGGGUAUGUGGUGACAAAGCCCGGCUCCACGCACACCAGCGUCAAAGGGGUCUUCGCCGCCGGGGACGUCCAGGACAAGAAGUACCGCCAGGCCAUUACUGCCGCUGGAUCAGGUUGCAUGGCUGCUUUGGAUGCAGAGCACUACCUGCAGGAGGUUGGAGCACAGGAAGGGAAGACCGAUUGACUAUAUCUGGGCCAAGCAGCUUGCAGCCCUACGAAAACUCCACCGUUGAUGCAAAAAGCUGCUCUCUAAUGUAUUAUGGUAUAAGCAGUAGAUAUUUUUGGUCUUAGGCCUCAAAUUACGAUACAUUGGAAAUUGAUUCAUUUGAGCGUGCACAAGCUUUGCAUCGAUUAUUUCGAAUCAGUUACUAGUUAAUUACACUAUACAAGUUUGUGCUUCCGGGUGUGGAAGAAGGCACCGGUGGUGCUGAUGCUAUCAGUAUUACGCUUAUGAUUGGCAAAUGAGCUUCGAAGGCAGAUUCUUCUAGCCAUGGCCAAGGACAACCGCCAUUGGGUGCUUUGGUAGGGUUUUCUGCAUUGGCGAUUGAUGUAUUGCAACCAAUUGUAUUGCUUGGGAAUGUUUGACGGUGUGUAUCCGUUAAAAGCAUUAUUAGAAAAAAAGUAUUAGAAAUGUUUUCAUA